AUGAAGUUUUAUCUGGCUACUCCGCUCGUCCUAGGGGUUGCUGCGGCGCAAGCUGCCGCAUGGACGCAGUGCGGUGGCACAGGGUAUACAGGCGUCACAACUUGUACGUCCGGCUAUACGUGUGUCGUUUUCAAUGAGUGGUACUCUCAGUGCCAGCCUGGUGGCAGUGGAUCAGGAACAAGUUCAACAUCCACGACAUCCAAGGCAUCUUCCACUACAUCCUCCGGUUCCAGUCCUACCCUGGGUACGGGAACGAUUCGCUAUCUUGGCCGCGUCAACCCGGCGACCAAGGAGCUGACAUGGCCAGGCACUGGUGUAGCUUUCACUUUCACUGGAACGUCCGCCAGCAUAGCCCUAUCAUCAGUCACUGGCACCAACAGUGUUGACUUGAUCAUCGAUGGUGGCGCGCCGACAGUGAUCUCCAAUGUUACUGGAACUUCAAUUUCCACCCCUGCCGGACUAAGCCAAGGAACCCAUACUGUCGAGCUCCGGAAACGUUCAGAGGCCCUCUUUGGUACGAUCAUCAUUGGCGAUAUUACUACGGAUGGAACUCUAGGAGCGAAUACCGUCCCUUCCAAGAAGAUCGAGGUGAUCGGCGAUUCCAUUACUGUUGGGUAUGGCCUCGAUGGCACUUACCCUUGCACCAACACGGCUGCUCUGGAAGACAACCCCAAGACCUAUGCGGCCCUGGCGGCGGAGUCUCUGGGAGCCGACUACAGUGUCGUGGCCUGGAGUGGCAAGGGGCUGGUGCGUAACAUUGCUACUGGCACAACUGAUACGAGCCCUCUCAUGCCGGAGCUCUAUACUCGCUAUGGCGCCAAUGAUGCCGACAACAGCUACACUUUCCCGUUGGACUGGACGCCGGAUGCUGUGGUCAUCAAUCUCGGCACGAAUGAUUUUAAUUAUCUUGCUUACGACGCCUCAGGACAGUCGUACAACGCGCGGUCGCCCAUUGACGCUACCACCUACACCAACGGGAUGGUCGAUUUUGUCCACAGUAUCCAGGAGCACUAUCCUCAAGCCAAGUUCUUUCUACUCACUUCUCCCAUGUUAAGUGACUCCUUUCCAACGACGGCAGACGCUCAACAUACCACCCAGAAGACUGCGCUUCAGUCUGCUGUUUCCCAGCUCGGGUUCAAUGCCUACCUAGUUGAUUGGCCCACGCAGGGCUCGGAUGUUGGCUGUGACUAUCACCCUGACGCUUCCACGCACGCUGCGGAGGCGGCCGUUCUUGCCUCCGCGAUCAGUUCAGCGCUGGGCUGGUGA